UGUCGGACUGGUAUCUCACACGCUUGACUGCAGUCUCAACGCCUUCACCCACUCAAAAAGAAAGCACGCAAAAAUAGGAAAGUAAAAAAAAAAAAAAAAAAAAAGAGCUGAAAGAAAAGGAGAAAAGAAGCUGAAAUUGAAAAAGCUCUUCCAGUCACUGUUGAAAACAGAAGAUCCGCACUAUCUUACUGUGGUUAUCUCCCUCGUUAAUUAACUCUCCCAAAUCCCACCCCAUUGUGCAUUACUUUACUUUUUUCAUAAGAGGGUUUGUUUCCGUGAGCUGGAUCCGCGUACCCGACCCUGCUACCAUCCGAAUCUGUCACAGCAAUGGCGGGUUACCGGGCAGAAGACGACUAUGAUUACCUUUUUAAGGUUGUUUUGAUAGGGGAUUCCGGCGUCGGGAAAUCCAACUUGCUUUCUAGGUUUACAAGGAAUGAGUUCAGUCUGGAGUCCAAAUCAACUAUCGGCGUCGAGUUCGCCACCAGAAGUUUGACCGUCGACGGGAAAGUGAUCAAGGCUCAGAUUUGGGACACUGCGGGCCAAGAGAGGUACCGUGCCAUUACCAGUGCAUACUAUCGUGGUGCUGUUGGUGCUUUGCUUGUGUAUGAUGUCACUAGGCACUCCACAUUUGAAAAUGUCGAAAGAUGGUUAAGGGAGUUGAGGGAUCACACCGAUCCUAACGUAGUCGUCAUGCUUAUUGGCAACAAAUGCGACCUCCGGCAUCUGGUAGCAGUCUCAACAGACGAUGGGACCUCAUUUGCUGAAAGGGAGUCGCUUUACUUUAUGGAAACUUCUGCCCUCGAUGCUACCAAUGUCGAAAAUGCAUUCACGGAAGUCCUCGCGCAAAUAUACCGUAUCGUGAGCAAGAAGAGCAUGGAGGCAGGUGACGAUGGAAAUGCACAGAAUGUCCCGUCAAAGGGCGAGAAAAUCGACGUGACCAAAGAUGUAUCGGAUGUGAAGAAAGGAGGUUGCUGCUCGUAGAUUUUUGAACCAUGGUUUACCCUCGCGAGGUAUGAUGCCAGCUUCUUUGUUUUCUUCUGCAUCUUCUUUCAGAUUGUGGUGUAAAAUUUUAUCUGCAGAUGUUAGAAAUAUUAUAUGAUCGACAUGCUUUUAAUUCGUAUUGCUUUCAUGGAAUGCCAAAAUUCACGUGAUGUUUGAGGGACGAAA